AUGCCUGCAACACCCAGCCAGGCAAGGACCAAAAAAUGCCAGAGGGCCUGUGAGCGAUGUCGAUCAAUGAAGGUCAAAUGCUCGGGGGUCAGCCCUUGCACAAGAUGUGCGCGGAAGAAGAAGCAUUGUCACUUUCCGGUGGAGGAGGUCCGGGUCUCCGUGUCGGAACGGUACUUACGAGAGCUAGAGGAGCACAUAUCCAGGAGCGGAAGCUCGGGUCGACAUGGACCCCCGGCUCCUCUUGAUCACAGUCCUCUAGGAGGUACGCUGUUUACAGGCGAUGAUAAUGUCGACGUCCCUCCCACCCCUCAAGCAUCUAGCACACUGCUAGACAGUCAAGCAGAUAUUGGAUGGCGUUCAAUGUCAAUUGGGAUGGGGCCGCCCCUACAUACCCCAGGAACCCCUCAAAGAGGGCAUGAGACCGACAGUGGUGCCGAACAAGACAAUCACCGAUCAAGAUUCUCUCGGAAUCCUUUAGUUGAUCGGGAUCCAUCGUUUGCCCAGACGCCAGAUGGCCGAUUUUGGUACAUGGGGCCCACAUCGUCGUGGUCCUUCUGUCGUCGCGUCCUUGCUUUGAUAGGAAGAAAGGUCCCUGAAUCAAACUGUCCACCAGAUCCAUUUCACAUUGAUGGCGUGGCUUUCAAGUUGACCUGGCGACCAUAUCCUCCAGAUGAAGUACCCGAUGUCACUAAUUUGCCGCCGUUGGACUAUGCACUCUUCUUAUUCAACACAGUCAAAUUCUAUUUUGGCUUUCUUUCUUUUAUGAUUGAUGAACAUGCUUAUUUGCAGGAUCUGCAUGAAUUCUACAGGGACCCACCAGCGAAAGCCGCUUCGAACAGACCUUGGUACUGUCAAUACUUACUUGUUCUUGCCUUUGGAAAAGCGUUCUUGACACAGAAGAAUCCUUCUGGGACACCGCCUGGUCAUCAAUACGCAUCUAGGGCGAUGGCGCUGUUGCCUGAUUUGUCAGGAGUUGACGAAGACCCCUUGGGUUGUAUCCAAGCACUCAGCCUAGGGGCAGUGUAUCUUCAGUCAAUAGAUAUGAGGAGAGCGGCCUUUCAACAUAUCGGGCAUGCCUUACGAGGUUGUAUUAUCGAAGGAAUACACAGGCAUGUACCAGAGGAAAUAUGUGGACCGGAGCUCUCCAAACGAUGUAGAACAAUCUUUUGGGUGGUUUACAUGUUGGACCGAGAAUUCUCCGCUUUAAUUGGUGCCCCGAGCUCGAUUAGGGAUGAGGAUAUCACGGUUAAAUUGCCAGCAGAAAUGGAUGAUUCGGUAGAACAGGUCAAUUUGACAUUGCAUGUUCGGCUUUCCCGACUUAUGGCCACGAUUCUGACAACUGUCUAUGGGGUUGGAAAUGAUUUUGAUGACACGCUUGUUCGAAGUACCCAGUCUAUUCUUCACAGCAUUGCCGAACUUUCAUACGACCUAACUUCCUUUUUAAAUGCUCAUUUCCACGGGUUAAUCAGCCGAGCCUCGAAAAUGGCGAUUCGAUUGAUGCUGGCUCAUCAUCAUUGUGUCGUACUUACAACAAGACCGCUAGUGAUGUGCGCACUUCAUAUGCAUAUUGAACGAACAGAGAGACAAAAAUCUCAAACGAUCGCUUUAUCACCUCCUGUUGCAUCCCUAUUGCAGUGCUGCGCCGAUUCCGCCCAGACUAUCCUCCAGACCCUUCGUACUUUAGCUGAUGAUGACCUAAUGGACGCAUUCUUACCAUUCCAAAUCGAAGACGCAUCAUCCUCUGCGUUUGUUCUCUACCUAAUCCGUGCAAUUGCCCCAUCUGUGAUCUCGAACGAUACUUGGUGUGACAACCUGGCACUGGUGCUCGAUAAACUCAUUGCAAAGGGUAAUCUAGCUGCACCACUUCGAAGGCUUGAACUCAGGCAAUUGGAGCAAAUACUCGCACCUUUGACGCCGAAAUUGGCGAAUCACCAUUUGCCGCAAGUCAAUCUGGAUGAAGGCAAUGAAAUUAAUGAAGAAGCUUAUGGCUUCGAUCACGAGGAGUUUGAGUGGGAUCUACUGGGACUCAAUUCAUCCGUCAGUCUUCCCCCGCGAGAAUUAUUGGAUCUUGCAGAUCAAUUAGAUAUGGAGGGGAUCAUGCAAUCUGUUGGGGUUUGA